GCUAUUGGGUGUAUUGACUGAUGGUUGAUUGUUUAUUCCACGCCAUCUCUCAUAAAAUACCCCAUGGCCCCAUGCCUCCAUCUUGUCCUCACCGCUAACAUUCUGUAGGGCCCCUGGCCGUCUUCACCACAUGCGUCGUUAUGGUCUCUUCCUCACAAGCCACGACAGCCUCGGAGUCGAGUUCGAACACAGAUGGUUUAGAUGCCAGUCUACCGAGUCCACCGGGCCCAGCCCUGACCCCCUCGUCUUGUUCGACAACCGCCCGCGACCUGCCUGCCACGGCGACGUGGAUCCAUGCCGGCCAGUCCCGCUCUCUGUCCGACCUGCGAUUCGACUUCAUCUACGACACGCUAUCCCAUGAUGCAUUUUUCAAGCUGCGACUCAAGGUGGCGAUGCUGAAGUCGAAGACAAAGCCUAAGCCCAGAGGAAAACCCAACAAGGGUACCAAGGGAAACCAAAGCACGACCCUUUUCAUUCUGGUCCCACCCGAGCGCAUCCAAAGGCUGACUCUCGGAGACCAUGAGAAGCAGUUUGGGGUCGAUACGGUUUGCCUGCGGUUUGAUUUGAUCAAUCCUGCAAAGAUUGUCGGACCUAAGCAGCAACCGGAAAAAGAACAAGUGCUCGAUGCCUGCGGGAAAGAGGGGUCCGACGUAUUGGACGCUCUACAGUCGCUGGCCCAAGCAACCAGUCUGGCUGUCUAUACGACGCUGUCAAGCAGGACCUUGGCUUCGUCGCGACUGCAGAUGCUUUGCGCCGAUGCGACUGAGGGUCGGCUAAAGUCGGAUGCCGGGCAGGCCAAUCUCAGCAGUCUGUAUGGGGGCACAGGUGGCGAUGUCAUGUGCACAUCUGCUCCUGCUGAUGACAACCCACCAUCAUACCACGAGGCUGGACCCGGACCCCCUAUGCCCCCUUCGAUAUGUGCUGGUUCACAUAAGCGGCAGCGGGGCAUUUCGGAUACCGGAAGCGUGGAAAUGAUGCAGGAGAUCAAGCAGAUGAGGGAGUGGAAGUCCGAGUGGAGGGCAGAGCUGCGGACAGAGAUGGACCAGAUGAGGGCAGAGAUCAAAUCAGAGGUCAGGGCGGAGGUGGAAGCAGAGAUUACGACCAAGUUCGAGGUCAAAUGGAAGAAAGUACGAGAGGACUUGAAAAGCAUACGCGACAAGCUGGACGAGUUGGACCACGAUCAUGAGGAACUGACGAAGCAGUUGGGAGACGUGAUCGAUGAGGUAGACAUCAAGGUAGAGAAUGCCGUAGAUGUCGGAAUGCAAUCGGUCAGAGACACUUUGAGGGAUGCCACUCUGUCUAUCGACUUUUGACAACCUUAUGUACUGGAUAUCCUCAUUACCUUCUCCAUGUCGGAUCACUCCACCUUGUACUUC